UUAUUCGACCAUCCAUUGAAGAGCGGGCAGCAUUACGAGAGUAUCGUCAUUAGUGCGUUGGCCGUCAUGGGGGUUGAACCCGGACGGCGGAUGGAUACCGGUUGUGAAUUACACCCAAGUAUAUUCAGCCGUCAUCAAGGUGGCCCGGUAUUUAGUGUUAUACCAGUCCACAUUGGAGCGGCAGGAUCAGAUCGCCCAGUUGCAGCAGGUUGUAGGUAAACGGAGGGCAAAGGAGAAGGCCGACGGGUUGUUCCGCAUUAUCCGAGGCAAGAUGCGGCGGUUCAUGACGCGGAUAUCCGAUGACAAGGAAGCAGAGCCGACGCCGAUGAAUUGUAUCAUCGAUACACGUUCGUACGGGUUGAAGAUCCGAUUUACGACCCCGGGCGAGGAGACGAUCGAUUGGCGAGGCGACCAGAUUAUUCACAAACGCGUGCGAUUGGGGAUGGGCACGUUAUCCGAUAUGUUGCAUAACGUAUUGCAGGAGGCGCGGCGUAUGUUGGCCGUGUUGACCAUGACAGACACCGCCGCAGCCGGGGACGGAGAGGCAGAGCCGGGGCAGAGCGUUGCGCAGGUACGGCCGAGCCGUCGAGCAGUUCCGGGAGCAG